AUGUUGAAGGUUUCGGCGAAGAAGCAGAAGCGUUACACCUUCAGGUUGGAUCCGGAUCAAGGGCAAAUCGUAUGGGAGUCGAAGAAGCUCCGCAUCAUUCCUAUUGAGAACAUCAAAGAACUGCGGGAAGGCGCAGAUGCGCGGUAUUAUCGGGAGCAGUUCCAGCUCGCGCAGCGGUUCGAGGACCGCUGGCUCACCAUUGUAUACGUGCUCGAUGGGGGCUACAAGACGCUGCAUCUCAUCGCGGCGACGCGGGACGUGUUCCAGAUGUGGGACAUCACCCUCCGCCGGCUGUAUGCCGUCAGGCAGAAGCUCAUGAACGGGCUCGGAGAAACGGACGUCCGACAGGCGGUGUGGGAGAAGCACAUUUGGCGCAGCGCCGCGGCGGACGGUGCGGCGGACCAGAAGCUCGAUUUUGACGAGGUCGAACGCAUGUGUAGAAGACUGAAUAUCAACCCGUCGCGGGAGGAUCUGCUUAGGCGGUUUAAGCAAGCAGACGUCAAGAACCGCAGGUACCUCGACUUUGGCGAUUUCCAGCGCUUCGUGCAAGCACUCAAGGCGCGCCCUGAGAUUGACAACCUGUACAACCGGCUCACGUUUGGGUGUGGCGGCGUACUCACGUUUGAGGCGUUUCAGAGGUUCAUGCUGUUGUCUCAAAAGUCAAGUCUCGGUGAGGCGGAGCUGCAGCGCGUCUUUCUCCGAUAUGCCUGUGAUUCUUCUCGUGAAGGAAGCUUCUCCCCGCUGCAGAAUUCACUCGAGCUUGCUGUCCACUCUCCUGAAACGGGCGAGGACCGCAGUUCGUCGCCGAAGACAACCCUCCCGACGUGCCCGGGCGACUCGUCGACAUUGUCUAUGCGUUCACUUACCUCGAUAGCCUCUAUGUCGAUGUCUCUGAAGGCAUUCACUUCCUUCCUCCUGUCCACAGAUAACUCCGCAUUCGCAGAUCAACAUGGGAGAAUUCACCACGAUAUGAGUCGACCCCUCCCCGAUUAUUACAUCUCGUCUUCUCAUAACACAUACCUUGUUGGGCACCAGCUCGUGGGUGAGAGCACUAUCGAGGGGUACAUCCGUGCCUUACUGCACAGCUGCCGCAGUGUAGAGUUGGACAUCUACGACGGAGAGGACGAACCGGUGAUUUACCAUGGGCAUACGCUGACAUCCAAGGUACCCCUUCGAGACACCUGUGUCGCCAUUAACAAAUAUGCCUUUGUCGCGUCGCCGUACCCGAUCAUCAUUUCUGCCGAGAUUCACGCAUCCAUCCCACAACAAGACAUGAUUGCAAUUAUCAUGCGAGAGGUCUUUGGCGAUGCCCUUGUCUGCGCUCCUAUCGAUGAUCAACCGCAAGUAGAGGUUCUACCCAGCCCGGAAGACUUGAAAUACCGUAUCCUAUUGAAGGCGAAGAAUCUCUAUGUAUCUGAUAAAGACAAUCUCCGAGAGUCAGAAGUCAUUGUCGACACGGAGUCAUCCUCCACUGAGGCUUCGGCUUCUGACAUGGAUCUGGGGGAGGAUCUCAGACAAGAGUGGCGUAAGGCACGCGAGACGGAGGCUGAAGCGAUCAAAGACCUAAAGUCCGAGUUCAAGAGAGCUCGAAAUGUUCUGAAACGCGUCCGCAGUCCCCGCGCAGAUACUCUCCUGCUCCCGUCUUCUCCUAGACCUGAGACACGAGAGCUGGCACCUGUUCAGCAGUCGCCGCAGAAGGUGAAGAUGUCGCCCGCCCUGGUGGCAUUGCUUGUCUACACCGUCGGCGUGAAAUGUCGUGGCCUGAACAAGAAGGAAGUCUACGCGCCGGAGCACAUGUUUUCGCUAUCAGAGUCGACCGCGAACCGUAUCCUGAAGCAGGCCAUGAUGGAUUUAAUCAAGCAUGACCGUACACAUCUCGUCAGGAUAUACCCGAAAGGCACGCGUAUUGGAUCGACGAACUACGAGCCGCAUCGCUAUUGGUCUGCAGGUGCUCAGUUGGUUGCCAUCAAUUGGCAGACGACUGACCUGGGGUAUAUGCUCAAUCAUGCGAUGUUCCAGAGGAAUGGACGUGCUGGUUAUGUCCUAAAGCCUUUGGCGCUACGCAGUCAGGACAAGCACCUCCUCAGCAAGCGCACGAGACAUGUUCUAGAGAUCCACAUGAUCUCUGCCCAGCAACUUCCACGUCCGAAGGACUCCCUUGGGCGGGAGGUCGUCGACAGGUCUAUUAUCGAUCCAUAUGUCGAAGUGUCCCUGCAUAUCCCCGACUGGCCACAGGCCUCCGCACCCGUCCCUCCAGAGAGUGCUUUGUUCAACCCACAUGCAGGUCUGACCGGGGAAACACAGGUUGCAGCUACGUCCGCGAGGACCGUAUCAUGUCGCACGAGUAUUGUGAAGAACAACGGUUUCAACCCGAUGUGGGAUGAGCAGCUCAGCUUGCCUUUCGACCUCGUGGGAGACAUGCGCGAUUUGGUCUUUGUACGCUUUGCGGUGAGGCAGGAUGGCGCGUCGGAUGAAGAGCCCCUCGCAGUGUACUGCGCGAGCUUGGGCAGCCUCAACCUUGGCUAUCGUCAUCUGCCGCUCCACGAUGCACAACUCUCGCAGUAUCUGUUCUCCACGCUCUUUGUCAAACUCGAUAUCCGCGAUAUCUAA